UCUUGCUCUGUUUCUCUUUUUAUUUUCUUCUUUCCUUCUAUCUCUGUAUUCAGAUCUCUCGUAGGAGGGACGAUGAGGUUUGCGGCAUCUUUCUUCGAUCGGGCCUCUCAAGCGCUCCAUCAUAGUCGGGCCUUCUCGAAGCUUAUCGUUGUCGUUGCUGUCAGUAGUGGAGGUAUUGUGGCAUAUGCCGAUGCAAAAUCAGACCAUGAUGUUGAAUCAUCUCAAGUAUCUGGAAAGAAAAAGUUGGUCGUCCUUGGAACUGGGUGGGCUGGCACGAGUUUCUUGAAAAAUCUGGACGCCUCCUUGUAUGACGUGCAGGUGGUAUCACCUCGUAAUUAUUUUGCCUUUACUCCUUUGCUGCCAAGCAUCACAUGUGGGACAGUGGAACCACGUAGCAUUGUUGAGCCAAUCCGCAAUAUCGUCAGAAAGAAAGGUGGAGUUAGAUUUUGGGAAGCUGAAUGUUUUAAGAUUGAUCCGGUAAAGAAGAAAGUCCACUGCCGAUCUAAUAUUGGAACAGACAAGGAUGGAAAUGGUGAAUUUACAGUCGAUUAUGACUACUUGGUUAUUGCACUUGGUGCUAAGCCGAAUACAUUUAACACCCCAGGUGUGGUGGAGCAUUGUCAUUUUCUGAAGGAAGUAGAGGAUGCUCAGAAAAUUCGAAGGAGUGUGAUGAACUGUUUUGAAAACGCCAGUCUUCCAAAUCUUAGUGAAGAAGAGAGAAGGAAAAAUCUUCAUUUUGUCAUUGUUGGUGGUGGUCCAACUGGUGUGGAAUUUGCUGCAGAGUUGCAUGACUUUGUCAUUGAAGAUCUGGCUAAGUUGUAUCCUACCCUUAAAGACUUGGUGAGAAUAUCUGUAAUUGAGGCUGGCGAGCAUAUUUUAACCAUGUUUGACAAAAGAAUCACUAAAUUUGCUGAAGAGAAGUUCCAGCGAGACGGUAUUGAAGUGAAAACAAAUUUUCGGGUUGUGAAGGUGACUGAUAAGGCCAUCACUAUGACAAAUAACGCUACCGGAGAGAUAAAUGUACCCUAUGGGAUGGCUGUUUGGUCAACUGGUAUUGGGACCCGUCCUGUCAUAUUGGACUUCAUGAAACAAGUUGGUCAGGGCAAUAGGCGUGUAUUAGCAACAGAUGAAUGGCUCAGAGUCUGUAAUUCUGAUGGGGUUUAUGCACUUGGUGACUGUGCCACUAUAAGCCAAAGAAAGGUCAUGGAAGAUGUCUCUGAAAUUUUUAGGGUUGCAGACGUGGAUUGUUCUGGAACAUUAACUUUGAAAGAAAUCAAAGAUGUUCUAGGGGACAUCUGUGAAAGGUAUCCUCAGGUGGAACUUUAUCUGAAGAGCAAACAGAUGAAGAACUUUGUAGAUCUCCUGAGGGAUGCAGAAGGAAGUCUCCUCAAAGAAUCUAAAGAACUGGACAUAGAAGAGUUCAAGAAAGCUCUUGCUCAUGUGGACUCACAGGUCAAGAUGCUUCCUGCAACAGCUCAGGUUGCUGCACAACAAGGUAAUUAUCUCGCUCAAUGCUUUAACAAGAUGAAGAUCUGUGAAGAACACCCUGAAGGUCCUCUUCGUAUCAGAGGACAGGGUCGUCAUCGGUUUCACCCCUUUCGAUAUAAACAUCUUGGUCAAUUUGCUCCAUUGGGUGGAGAACAAACGGCUGCCCAGCUGCCCGGAGACUGGAUUUCUAUAGGCCACAGCACCCAGUGGCUUUGGUACUCUAUAUAUGCAAGUAAGCAAGUCAGUUGGCGCACAAGGCUUCUGGUCAUUGGCGACUGGACAAGGCGAUUCAUCUUUGGGAGGGACUCCAGUUGUAUCUGAGCUGGGGAAAGAAGCAAAGCUAACCCAUUUAUUUUAUGAGACAGCCUGGGUAGACUACAACUGGAUCACUUCCCGGGCAUAUUUACAACUCGUAUUUCAUUACACACCAUUCCUAUUUCCUUUCCUUGAUUUAAUUGAAAAUUAAUUGCUUGUGACAACAAGAGAGCUUUUUUGUUGUCAAUUUUGGGUACCACUUUAUAUACUUACGCUGCCUUUGGUUUAAUAAAAGUUGAGUACUGAAAUAGUCACUACAUAUGAAUGCUAUCAUAUAUUCUUUUGAUGUAAAUUGAGUUGCUGGAAUAUAUUACGUGGCUAGUGCUGCAAUUUUGUGUUA